AAAAGCCUCGAUUUCGGUAUUGUAUAUUUGUAGCUUGUAAUAUCAAAAACGAGGCCAAUCGUGUAUAUCUGUCAAAACGAAACUGUAAAAAACCCCAGUGGAUUAAAAUACGAUGUCCAUCGAUUCUUUGAUAUAAUGUAAGUUGUUUUUACAACAGAAAACAUUGCAGUCGGGAUAACCGAUCAUUGAGAAAGGACCAUAUAAUACUGGUACUAGUACAUGUACAUUUUGACAUUUGAUGUAAUCUGAUAAACUGCAAAGUCAAUCCUAUAACUGAAUUGGAAGUAGCAGGACAUUAAUUAAACCACAUACUUAGGAUGCCCGUGGAUGUCAAUGAAGUUGUGGCAGUGUGUGCUGACUUGGCAGAUGAAAAAAAUCUCCGUGUGACAGUGCAAGAAGCACUGAGAGGUGGUCUGAUUGCUGGUGCUACUACAGUAGCAGGGGGGUUGUUGUUAGGACCAGUGGGGUUAGCUGUAGGAGGAGCUAUAGGUGGAGCUGCAGCCUAUGCAAAUGCACAGGGCAAAUUCAAACCUGUUUCCACUGUUCUAAGAGAAAUGGAGCCUGAGAAAAAGAAAAUUUUGUACGAUCGUGUGCAGCGCAUCAUAAGUGGCAUUACCAUUGAAGAUGGCAUUGCCUUGCUGGCUCUCAUCCAUUCAAGUGAUCCAAUGCAAGCAGAGUUCAUGUGUGCAGUCAAGUCUCUUGUCCAAGAUCAGUUGAAGAUGGAGCUAAUAGAUGGCCUUUAAAAACAUUUAGCAAUGUUUUGUGGUCUAUGGUAUCUGAUAAAUGUCUUCCUUUGAGUUUGAUAUUCUGUAUAACAGUAUUUAUCAUAGUUAUAUGUACCAAGUGUCCUGAAUUUCCUUUGACUUUUUCUUUAUUUCCAGAUUCUUAGGCUCUGUUCCUACCAAGUUGUUCUGCCUACUAACUGAUCGGUGAAUCAAAUAUGAUUGACCCACUUCAUAACUUUCCAUGUAAUCCCCUAAUGGCUUCCCCAUGGGGAAUUCCCAGCAAGUUUUCUAGAAGGUUGGCCAUAUAUGAUCAGUGGAUCAGUUAGUUGGCAGAUUGACUUGGUCAUGAACAGAGCCUAAUGUAUUCCAGUAUACAUGUAUAUGUUUUUGAACAAUGUAUUUCUUAAUAAGGUUACAUGCAUUCCUUGCAUUUUCACUUUGCAUGAAUUUGCAACUUUUGAGGAGUAGGUAUUAAUUUUAUUUCUUUUGUAAGAAUGCAACAUGAAUUUGAAUACAGGUUUUUACAAAGGAAAUUGUGAAAUGAAAGGCAAGAGGUCCCUAGUAGAGUCCCUUUGACUUUAUUUUUUACAGAACAUUGUAGUGUGGCUAGAGCAGCUUCUUUUUGAAUGGUGUAC